AUGCAACAGGCUUCGCUGCUCGAUGCUCUCGAAACAGAACGCGCACCGUUACAUAUUGAGGCUUGCCCGUACCACUCCUUCAAGGUCAAUGUCGACAUCUUCCGCCUGAUUCUGGCGUGCGUCACUCGCGCAGACCUGCUCAAGAUAACGCUCGCCUCAAAGUUUACACGGGAAGAAGCUACCAAGGAGCUUCUUAUGAGGCCUGUGCGGCUGCUCCAAAACAAAAACCUACGCACAUUCUGCGAAUUCGUACUCGCCAGUGACCCUAGAAGACUGUCUUACCUGCGGAGCCUCACUAUCGAACACGUCAAGAAGGAAUUCUCUUCUCAAGAAAGGGAGAUGGUUGCCCGCGUCCUCGCUCACUGCACGAACCUUAGGAAACUCAAUCUUGAAGGGUGUGACGGGCUCGUGAUGGACGAACCCGUUGUACUCAAGGCUAUCUCCGCGCUCCCAAGCCUCGCCCAUCUUUCCGCGGUCAUUUACGAGGAUAAGAAGGAAUCGCAGGCACGCCUCCUCCAGAUGGUCGCCAACAUGAAAUCCUCCCUUUGUGGCCUCCACCUUCCUAUGACCAUGGAUGGUCUCUCGAACAUCGAGGUGCUGCGAACUUUGGCGCGAGUCCACCGUCAUCUGGAAGACCUCACACUGCACUUCCGCACCUUUAUCGCCCCCGGAGUUACCUUCCCCACCGUCCGCACCCUACAUCUAACUCUCGACAAGAGCGUUCCCCAGCUCCGGGACAUCCGCAGCACCUUCCCCAACAUACGUGAACUGUCCAUCGAUCUCCGCAUGUACCUCAGCGCGACAUCUUCGACUACCGCAGGAAUCCAAAACCGGGUCAACGGGAGCUGUUGGCCUUCACUCGACCUGCUGUGCGCGAUCCCGACGUCUAUCCGCGCUCUCGGCAUUGUGUGCCCCGUGCGCCGCGUCAGCUUGGGGUUCUCUGACAUCGACCUGGAUGAAGAGGAUGCAGAGGCCGUCGCUCGUGCACUCCCCAGCCUGCUGUUGCACAGCUCCCGAGAUGCGGGCGUGAAGCACCUAUUCGUGAAGACGACGUUCGCUCGCCCACGCGGUGCUCCUCCCGCGAGGCAGGCGGACCUCUUGAACUGGAUACUCCCUCUGCUGCGCACAACGCGCGUCGAGCUUCUGCACAUAGCUGUAUUCAAGCAUUUCGAGUCCGACUCGGACGACCCGCAGGACAUUCUUGACUCGCCUGUCGGGAGGUCCCUUAGCGGACAGGAGGUAGAUGCGGAGGCUGUGGCCGGAGACGUGGCACGGGCCUGCGUGUCGAUUCGCACCGUAGCCAUUACGACCGCGCUGUCAGGGCAUACGGUGUGGAGCGUAGAUAGGGCAGACGGGGAGGUGAGAAUUGUGAAACUUGGCGCGUUUGAGGGGAGACGCCUUUUUGACCAGGAGGCGAAACACUGUCUUGAAGUGUAG